AUGUCGCAACAAGGGCCGGCGUUUGAUGUAAACGCUAUGACCUUGACCCGAUGGGUUUUGGCUCAGCAACGUACGGCGCCCUCUGCGACCGGGGAUCUGACACAACUUUUGAAUUCAAUACAAACAGCUGUGAAGGCUAUACAAUCCGCUGUCAGGAAAGCCGGCAUUGCUAAACUUCAUGGAAUCUCGGGCAACACAAACGUCCAAGGUGAAGAAGUUAAGAAACUCGAUGUACUGUCUAAUGAUCUAUUUAUCAAUAUGCUCAAGUCUUCUUUCACAACAUGCCUACUCGUUUCGGAAGAAAACACAACCGCUAUUCAGGUGGAAACGGAAAGACGCGGCAAAUACAUAGUUUGCUUCGACCCGUUGGACGGAUCCUCAAACAUCGACUGUCUUGUAUCAGUCGGGUCGAUAUUCGCUAUUUACAAAAAGUCAUCUGAAGGCGAGCCUAUAGAAGCCGACGCUCUCAGACCUGGCAACCAAUUGGUUGCAGCAGGUUAUGCUCUGUAUGGAUCAGCAACCAUGAUGGUGCUCGGCAUUGGACGGGGGAAGGGAGUUAAUGGGUUCAUGUACGACCCCUCCAUUGGAGAAUUCAUUCUCACUGACCCCAAUAUGAGAAUACCAGAGAAAGGAAAAAUAUAUUCCAUAAAUGAGGGAUAUGCGGCGGAGUGGUCUGAGGGGCUGAAAAACUACAUAGAGGAGAAGAAGCGUCCCAAGACAGGGAAAGCUUAUGGAGCGAGAUACGUUGGGUCUAUGGUAGCUGACGUUCAUAGGACUAUCAAGUAUGGAGGCAUAUUCAUAUACCCGGCCACUACAUCUGCGCCCAAAGGAAAACUUCGUCUGCUAUACGAGUGUAAUCCCAUGGCGUUCCUCGUGACUGAGGCGGGCGGGUUAGCAUCCAACGGCUCUAUACCCAUCCUGGACAUCGAACCUACUUCCAUCCACCAACGAUCUCCUUGCUACCUCGGCUCCAAGCAAGACGUUCAAGAACUAUUAUCAUUCCUUCAAUAA